CUGCCAUGAAUUUUAUUGAGCAACUUUUGAUGUGCAUCAGUUAACAAAAACCCCUAAACUUUAUUUUGAUUACUCACAGCUGCAAAUUUCUGACCAGAUGGAUGCGAGAGGAGGUACUUUUUUUUUUUGCUUCAGUUUUGUGUAAUACACACUUCAUGCUACAACACUUCUGCUCUGGUGAUAGAUGUAUCCUGUUUGAAAAAGAGGAUUUCAGUAAAAGCAGAUGCAGAUAACUGUGCUGGAGCACAAGGCAGAAUGGCUUCACGGGAGUUAUACACUUUUGUCGUCCUCUUCACUCUUUUUAGCAUCUCUAACGCUUCCUGCCGUAAAGUUGAGAAAACAGGAAGAGUUCUUCGCCCAAGGCCAAAUAAUUGUAACUCUUCGGUACUUGAUGCGGACAUUCAGUACUAUCUUAAGUUUCCCAUCACCGUCCUUGUUGUGCCAUCCUUCUACGUAGUCAUAUUCCUGUUGGGUCUUCCAGCUAACGGGAUUGCUUUAUGGGUACUUCUCUUUAAAUCAAAGAAGAUGCCAUCUACUGUUCUACUAAUUAACCUGGCAGCUGCAGACUUGUUGUUUAUGCUGCCGUUGCCUUUAAAGUUCGUUUAUCACUUCCUGGGAAACAACUGGAUUUUUGGGGAAACCAUGUGUCGGAUAGUCACUGCGGUGUUCUAUGGGAACAUGUACUGCUCUGUGUUCUUUCUCAUGGCCAUCAGCAUUGAUCGAUACUUUGCUCUGGUCCAUCCUUUUUUGGCCAGGAGUCUACGAGGUUGGAGAAGUUGUGCAAUUGUCUCUACUGCAAUCUGGCUGGUUGUAAUAGCUGGUGUCUCAAUAUUCUUUAUAGUCCCCCAGUCAAAAACAUUUAAAAUUCCAAAUAUGACAACCUGCCAUGAUGUCUGGCCGACUUGUGAUGGUUAUGAAUGGUACACCAAAUAUUUCCUUGUGCUCUUCAUCGUGGGAUUUGCCAUUCCUUUGAUUGUUAUUUUGUUUUGUUAUGUGUCAAUUUUGGUCACCUUGUCAAAGAAUAAGGAAUCUCACAGUCAGGUGAUAAGGCUGAUGAUUUUGGUGGUUGUCAUGUUCAUCUUCUGCUUUACCCCCAGUAAUAUUAUGCUUCUAUUUCAUUACUUGGAAACAGAGUGGGAUUGUCACAACCAACUGUACAUCUGGUACAUGGUGGCAUUAUGUUUGACAUCAUUCAACAGUUGUAUCGAUCCUUUCAUAUACUAUUACAUGUCGGAGGACUUCCGGACAAUGGUAAAAAACAGCCUUCACUGGAGCAGCAGUGGAAACAGUGAGUCAAUAGAGUGCACAAAACGAACUAAACUGGUUUCAGAGAUGGGCAGAAUAAGCACUUAAUACUGUCACAUGAGCCCAUGUUUAUCCCACAUCUCAUAAUACUGACCACAUAUAUAAAAUAUGCAUUUAUUUUUUGGACAAUUAAAAAAUAUUUUUUCCUUGUGAACAUUUAAAAAUUAUAUUUUUCUUCUUGGACAAUUAUAAAUUAUGUUUUUUUUCCUGAUCAAAUUAAAAUGAUAAAAGGAAUUUUACUGACAAAUAAAAACUGCACUAAAUUUAAAUGUCUGUUUUUGGUUUUAUGAGCAACAUGUUAUAGUGUGCGCCUGGUCCCCUCCUUGUUGCCCCCCCCCCUGCAGUGCUGUUGGCUUCCCUCCUCUUCUCU